UUUAAGAGUUCCAUUCACUACAGAAUUGUUGUGAAUUAAUAUUUUAAUAAAAAAGUUAAGAAAAACAAAAUAUAAAACGUGACUACUAAUGGCACAUGCUUAUUCAUAGAAAAAUAACAAUAAAAAAAUAGAGAAAUUGGUUGAUAAGUUUGUAAUUCAAAGAAAUAUGAGUGGAAUUCAAAAUUUGGGUUAUGAUUCUUCUGAAAAAUUAUCAGAUGAGCAUAUAGGAAUGACUUCUGCAGAUAUUCCUGUAGGACCUGAUAUAUCUAAUCAAGCCAUGAACAAAAAAGUGAAGAAAAUUUNACCCGACCCGACCCGAAAACCCGCGGGUUUUAAAGAAACCCGACCCGAAAUUUCGGGUUUUUUAAAAUACGGGUUUUGGAAAACCCUAUUUGUAAUAUAUUUUACUUUUGCAAUAGUGAAAUUUUUUGAAAGAAUUGAAAAUAACAAAUGUGAAACAUUUGAUUGUAAACUAACAUUUUGUUCACCAUACGGAAUGCUCAUUUUCCUUACUGCUGUCGUAUACUUAGGACUGAUCUAUUUCAAAAUUAUAAAAAAAUAUUUUGGAAAUUGCAUCGAUAGCAGAGGUUUUGAAUCUACAAAAAAGAUAUUUGAAACACAAUGGUUCAAAUAUGUAUUGAUAACCGUAUGCUUUGGAGCUCACAGAAAGCAAAUUAAAUGGCGACCAGUAGUUGUUGGGUCACUUCUUCAAUUUUUGCUGGGUAUAUUUUGCAUUAGAUGGUCAGUAGGAAGGAUGAUUUUUCAAUGUUUCGGAGACAAAAUUGCCCAGUUUUUAGACUACGCCAAAGAGGGGACAACAUUUGUUUAUAGCGAUUUUCUUGUGAUCGAAAAGGAAAUAUUCGCCUUUGCGGUUCUGCCUACGAUAUUCUUCUUCAGUUUAUGUAUCUCAGUACUUUACUACCUUGGCACUAUGCAAUGGGUUCUAUUGAAAUUAGGAUGGAUUCUUCAAUCACUAUUAGGGACAACAGUAUGUGAAAGUGUUAAUGCUGCAGGGAAUAUAUUUUUGGGCAUGACUGAAGGACCUUUGAUCAUUAAACCCUACAUAAACUUAUUGACCAGUUCUGAAAUACACGCAGUAAUGGUUUCUGGAUUUGCAACCGUAUCCGGAACUGUUCUUGCUGCUUACAUAUCAUUUGGCGCUGAAGCUCAACAUUUAAUAACUGCAUCUGUAAUGGCAGCACCAGCAUCUCUUUUUAUUUCGAAGCUUAUGUGGCCUGAAACUGAAGAGAGUAAGACUUCUUCUGGGAAUAUUCAAAUGGAGAAAUCUUCCGACUCUUCAGUUCUCGACGCAGCCUCAAAUGGGGCAUCACAAGGAAUCAAUCUAGUUCUAAACAUCAUAGCAAAUCUUGUGGCUUUCGUGGCAUUUAUAGCUUUUAUUGAUGGAAUACUUAAAUGGUCCACUUAUUUGCUUGGAUUCGAUGACGUGGACAUUCAAUUUAUUGUUGGAAAAAUAUUUAUUCCUGUAAGUUGGGCAAUAGGCAUUGAUUGGGUUGAUUGUGAAGCUGUUGGUAAUGUAAUUGGAACAAAAACGAUUGUAAACGAAUUUGUUGCCUAUAGAGUUUUAGGAGAAUACAAGAGAGCUGGGACAAUAUCUCUUCGUUCAUCUGCUAUUGCUACUUAUGCUAUUUGUGGUUUUGCUAAUCCAAGCUCCAUGGGAAUACUAAUUGGUGCACUUAGCGCUCUUUCACCAACUAGACGACCAACUAUAACUAAAGUAGCCUUUCGAGCCUUUAUUUCAGGAUGUUUUGUAUCGCUUAUUACCGCUAGUAUUGCUGGACUUUUAAUGACCGAUGAAAUGAUUGAAAAUACAUAAUAGGAAAAUUAAAGUUAAAAAAAUUAACUGUUUAUGAUGAAAGAUUGAUUGUUACUUGGAUUGUUAUAUGUUCCCGAAAUGAGUCCCUGUUUUUGAAAAAAUUUGGUGAGUUCUUUUCUCGGUUGUUAUUUUAUUUUUAACAUUUUCCACUUUUUUAUUUAUCUCUUUGUUAAGAUAUUUUAUUAAUUAUACUUAGUCAAAACGUUAAAUUGAUAACGCUGAUAAUGCAAGAAGUGGAUCACUUUAUCUAUUUGCUUUUAAAUGCAUAUAAAAUGAUCAUCUCCACUCUAAACACAUGACCGCU